UUGACAGCGGGAAGCUUCCCGUACCAGGAAGGACAGCAACACUUUGAUUACCACAUCUUGAAUCGCCAUGCUUACUCCGAGGGGAUCUUCUACUGGGUUUUCGACAAGUAUUUGAUGGCAUUUGAUAUGGGAAGCGAUGUCUUCCACAGGAUCGACUACCCUUUCGACUGGUCGUGGGAUAAGUAUACUCUCAGCACGUAUCGGGAUUCGAUUGCUUUGUUUACCGGGGAGUUUGCUGAUUGUUUGAGGCCGGUUGAUGUGUGGUUGCUGAGGAGGAGGAACGGUGGUGGUGGUGGGGGAGAAUGGGAUUGGAUCAGACAUUCAAUUCCUGGGCCUUUCUCUGGGAGGACAGUGGUGAUGGGGUAUUGGAAGGAUGAUCAGGUUAUCGCUGAGACGUCGUCUGGUCAAUUGGUCUUGCUUGAUAUAUAUGACGGCGGCCGCACGGUGAAAGUGUUGCUAGAGGAUUACGAACCGGUGAAUGGUUGGCAUGUUUAUAGAGAGUGUUUAGCUCCGAAUCAAAUGACGCUUGAUUUCACGAGUUACCGGGCUCCACAAGCGAUAAUCAGGGUAGCGCCUACAUGGAUUGCCGAGAAGAAACAGGCCGUUUCCCCCGCCGCCACCGCAGAUGACAUCCUCGGCUACCUGCUUGCCCAGAUUGAUCAGCCGCCUUUGACCGGGUUCGGCUUCGAGGCUGAGUGA